AGCCAACACGGGAGGUAGUUCAGAGCCAUUUCUUGUGUACUACAAACUCAUAUUAAUUCUGGAGUUUUUAGAAACCCACAGAGAAGAAAAAAGGUUGAGAAAAAUCAACUGGUUUGUUGGUGGGUGACACAAGGUUAAUAAAUUCUGUAUCCAAAAACCCAGAAUUCAUUUUCAUGCUCGUACUGUGCAGAAGUGCAGCUCAGCAUCUUGGUGAGCUUGUACAUCCUGUGAAAUCCUCACCCAUCUGACACCCAGGAGAUGCUCAGGGAUGAACUGAGAGCCUAAUUUGCAUCCUUGUUUUUCAGAAAAAAAAAAAGCAUGUCCAGCUGCUCUUGUAGUAAUGGCAGUUCUGGGUGCUCAGCACCAUGGAAACGAUUGGAUUUUUAGCCCAACAUGUCUCUAAGAGGUCCUGCUCCCCUGACAGUUGUUCAGCUUCCUGGAGAACAAGUCCAGGUCCAGGGGGUCAUUCAGACAGCUCAGUCCUCUUCUGUAAUCCACUCACCCCAGGUGCCAACAGUGCAGGUAUCCCUGUCUGAGAGUGAAGAUUCCCAGGACUCCUCAGACAGCAUUGGCUCCUCACAGAAAGCUCGAGGCAUCUUAGCCCGGCGCCCGUCGUACCGAAAAAUUCUGAAAGAUCUUUCUUCUGAAGAUACACGGGAUAGAAAAGGAGAUGAGGAGAGUCCUGGGGUCUCCACUGUCACCUCUAUGUCCGUCCCCACGCCCAUCUACCAGACCAGCACUGGACAGUACAUUGCCAUUGCUGCCAACGGGUUGCAGCUGGCCAGCCCGGGGGCAGAGGGGGUGCAGGGGCUGCAGACACUCACCAUGACCAACACGGGGGGUUCCCAGCCCGGGACCACCAUCCUGCAGUACGCGCAGACAUCGGACGGUCAGCAGAUCCUGGUGCCCAGCAACCAGGUGGUAGUGCAGACUGCCUCAGGGGACAUGCAGACCUACCAGAUCCGCACCACCCCAACCACCACCUCCCUCCCUCAGACCGUGGUGAUGACAUCUCCUGUCACUCUGACGUCGCAGACCAGUAAGACCGAUGAUCCACAGCUGAAACGGGAAAUCAGGCUGAUGAAGAACAGGGAAGCUGCUCGAGAAUGUCGCCGGAAGAAGAAAGAGUACGUGAAAUGUCUGGAAAAUCGAGUUGCAGUCCUGGAAAACCAGAACAAAACUCUAAUUGAAGAGCUAAAAACUUUGAAAGAUCUUUACUGUCAUAAAAGUGUGUAAGAAAAGGAAGUAAAACUUCUGUGGACUGUGCAAAUUGCAGAGGAGAAACUUUUUUCUUUUUUUUUAUACUGAAUUUUUUUAAACUAGAUGAAAGGUCAAAAAUGAAACUUUUCUACCUAGAUUUCACAACAUCAGGACUCUAUAGAUUUUAUUUACAACAUGUUGGUGACAAAGUACAAAAAGGAAACAAGAAAACCUCACCCAAAUUCCUGCUGGCACAACUGGAAACUGUACAAAGUCAAGAUUGCAUCUACAGUACAAGGACAGUCAAGUUUUACAAGGCAGGUGAUGAGAAUUUUGUUGAAAAAGUCUAUAAAUUCCUCUUCUAAAGGAGGCAACAUUUGGUGAAAGUUACAAUGUAGAUGAAACAGAAUCCUUGCCAUAGCUGACAUUAUUAGUAACAUUUAUAACCAGUAUAUGUUUUGAUUUCUUACUCUUUUUCAAUCCUUGCUUUUUCCUUCAGUUACUUGUAUGUAAAUAUUUUUAUUUCAGCCUGUAAGUUGUUCUUUACAGGUGCAGAUGAUAAAAAAAGCUACUACUUUGCUAGAGGUAUAAAUUAUGUUUAUUCUUUCUCUGCUGACAGUUUUAAAAGCUGGGGUUGGUUGGUUGUUUUUUUUUUCCAAUGUUUGCUGUGUUUAUCCAAUUUGGAAGGGAUCUGCAGAGAGCAGUGAGAGGGUUUAGUCCUGGAAGUGUCUGAGGUGCAGGACACGAGGUGUUGAGUUUUUUGAAGAUAAUUCAACACAUCCAAUUCUAUUAAAUUAUGGUGUCAUAGAACAGGUACAGGUGAACAAAAGUUUCUUGAAGAAUCAUUUCACAAUCAUUUGUUCUUAGUUACUGGGCACGAUAAACAUUUAUAAUUGAAAAAGAAACAGUGUGCUGAUUAUAUACACAAUUAACCAUGCGUUGCUUAUUGUCUGGAGAUUCUACUGUGCUUUGAAACACUUAAACCAAAUAGAAGAAGAAAAUAAAAUUAAAAAAAACCCUGAAGAUAUAUACCAAAGGGUUAAUGAGGUUCUAAUAUAUGGUUUGUAUGCUGGAAGUAGUGCAGAAUUUCUGGGCUAAUUUUGUAAGGUAGGUGAUAUUUUGCAAAGUAAAUGGUAUCUUUGUAAGAAAAUAAUUCUAUUGAGAACAGGUAGAUGGUUGGUAUAUUUUGUAGCUGAAUUGUGAUCUUUGCAAAUUCUGAAACAGUUUAUAUACGUAUUUUGACAGUUUAUAUAUUUCAUUUUAGUAAACAAAUGAAAUAUUUUGUGAACCAGAUUUUCAAGCCUAUAUUUUUAUGGAUAGUACAAACAAAGUCAAAUGAGAUCCUCUUUGGCGUAGGAGAUGUUUGAAUUAAUUUUGUAUGUCUGUGGGCAACUUGCAAAAAAAUAAUGGAUUCUAAAGAGUAUUGGGAAGAAAAACAAAAACAAAGCAAAGAGAUCAGGGCUUUUUAUUCCCCACAGUUGGUAAUAUCUGCACGUGAGGUCUGAGUGCUAUCAGAGGUUCUAGUUUGUAUGAUUUUGUUUCAGGUGAAAAUUAAAUGUUUGACAUGAUCAGGACUCUUGGGUGUGGAAUCUCCCUUCUUGGAGAUACUCCAAAGCCUCCUGGACGUGGUCCUGGGCAGCCUGUUCUGGGUGACCCCACCUGAGCAGGGGGUUGGACGAGGUGGCCCCAGAGGUCCCAUCCAACCUUGACCAUUCUGUGAUUCUGUGAAAUAGAACCAUGUGUAUGCAGUGCUUCUUGCAUGAAUAAUAAAGACACUAUUUUCCAUAGUUAGGAUUGAAUCCUGCUUCCAGUUCUAUCAGUGGGAACCACACUGUGGCCUGUGCUGUAAAAGGUGUUAGAGCUCCACGUGUGCUACGUGCCAGUGCAGCCCUGAGGGACCUCCAGAGAUGUGCUCACUCCCUGGAUGUCUCCUGCUCUCACCCUAUGGUCAGUCACUCUGUUUUAUUUCACUCCUUUUUUUUUUUGAAUGAAUGGACUUCUUAGCAAGCAGAGCUCUUUGCAAAUGGGAUGAGGAAGACUGCAUUCCACAAUCCCCUUGUUAGUAGGCUGCAAAAAUCUCUUUUCCUUUCUAAAGUUUCUAAGUCUAAGGUUGUUCUGGCCACGAUCCCGGAGACGUUUCCUUCAGGCCAGGCUGGAGCACAGGGUUGUGUUCACAUCCAAAGAGGGUGCUUGUGUUGUCAUCAAAGCCAAUGAGCAAGGCUGAGAAAGUCCUUAUGUUAGGGAACUGCUCCAAAAGAGGAGCUGCUGCCUCCUGUCUCUGUUAGUGGAAUUUUGGGAAGAAUGAACACCUGGGAACAUGCUCAGCACCUCCGAGAACUGGACCUUGUCACUCUGUCUCCCAUCAGGUGUGUGAGCACAUGUUUGAGAGGGUUUGACCUACAGGACUGAAACUAAUUUGGGAACUCUUCUGGAUGGGGUUUGAUCCUCACCGUGUGCUGUUGUUCCUUCACCUUCUUUUGUAAUACAGAACAAUAAUAAAAAAGCUAUCAAGUGUUAAGACUAUAAAACCAUGGUGGCCAAUUCUUUCUGUAUUCAGCAAGUGAAACAGAUGUAGUGCUGCCAGACCUAAUGCUAGUCAGUUUUUAUCCUCUUAAAAUAGUGUUUUGGAAAGAGCAGCUUAUUUUUCAUCCUGGAAAUAUUAAACAGGAGUUUGCUCUUUAAGUAAUCACUUAUCAUGAAGUACUUAUUUUGGAUUUACUUCAAAAUCUAGAUUGUAAGAGAAUAAAAUCUAUAUCCUGAGAGUAAGAGAUACAGCACCUAAUACUGUUCUGCUGGUUAUUUCCAAACAAAAGUACAUACUUUAUAUGAAUUGUAAAUAUUUGUUGAAACAAUUAGAUGGUUGCAAAUUUUGACCUUGGUAAAUAAAAGUCGCCAAAAUACAA